CCAUCUACUUUUCCAAAUAAGGAAAUGUUACUCUAUUAAGGCACGACGUAUCUCAUUAGUUCAUUGACCACUAUUGGAUAUAUAGUAACUACUGUACUAUCGUAGCGUCAUAAUUUGUUAUUAUCGGUGAAUUUUCCCAAAAACGCACAAGGAUAACUUUUGGGAUUAGCUAAAGAACUUUGGACAGGUGUUUUACAGGUGCCAUGGCUCAUAGGCCCCAUGCCUUUGGAUUGACUGGGGAGGUGCAAAGAAAGAUCAAAGGAAAGUACAGUGAAGAACUGGAACAAGGCGCCCGGCUAUGGAUAGAAGCUGUGUUAGGGAUUGAAUUGGUUCCAGGAGCGGAUCAAAAUACGCCUCUAGGGGAACGGGCAUUUCAGGAAGCUCUAAGAAAUGGUGUUAUUUUGUGCAAGUUAAUGAAUACAAUAAAACCAGGUUCUAUAAAGAAAAUAAAUGAAAACACUAUGGCCUUUAAAAUGAUGGAGAACAUAGAAAAUUUUCUGAAGGCAGCGGAGGCUUAUGGGUGUAAAAAGAUCGAUCUCUUCCAGGUGGUAGAUUUAUAUGAGCGACAGAACAUGACACAAGUUGUGAAUGGAAUAUAUGCCUUAGGAAGACUAACUCAGAAGAACGGUUUUCAGGGUCCUGCCUUAGGGCCCAAGGAGGCUGAUUAUAAUCCUAGAAAUUUUGAUGAAGAGACAAUGAAGGCAGGAGAAACUGUGAUAGGGUUACAGGCGGGGUCAAAUCGGGGGGCCUCGCAAAGUGGGAUCAACUUUGGUAAAACAAGAUCAAUCCUGGACUGACAGCAUCGCCACUGUAAAUUGUAAAAUGUGAGAUCCGCCACGGGCUUCCAGCCGCCAUCGCUAGUGCCAUCUGCUGUCAGAUAAUCAUAUUACAACUUGUUCAGUAUUAUUCAAUGAACCAAAGUCAGCUGACGUUCUAUAUGAUAUAAUCAUUGAUGAUAUUGCUACAAAUGUAUAAGAGAAAAAUAUAGCAGUAGUUCACAGGGGAAAAUUCUACAAAACUAUCACAUAUGUAGUGAAAUGUGUCAAAUGAGUCAAAAUUAUAGAGCACAUAUUUAAGCAUUCAUGUUUGUGUAUUCUGGUACUAUCUGUAGUAUGUAGCAUUUUAAAUCAAAUAACCGGUUUUCGUUUAACAUUUACUAUAAUGUAAUGAGAAAUCAAAAUCGUUUUUAUUGCAUAAUUAAGUCUUAAUAAUCAAUACGUAUAUGAACUGUUAACUUUGCAAGUUUGCUAAAGUGAAACCAAAUUUUUAUACGCAAAUAUAUUACUGGUUUUGUAAAGUUUUACAAGGACAGCUUGAUGAAGAAUGAGAGAUUAAUAUUUGAAUGUUUAAUAGCCAUGCAUUUAUAAGAAAAUCAUCUAUUAAGAUAUGCAAGACGUUCAAAUCUAAUCAACUUUUAACGCGAUCUGGAUUUAAUUCAUUUCAUUGUAUUUAGUUUCAUUAAUUGCCUUGAACUUGAUCCACAAUUUACAGUUAUAAUUGUGUUUUCUUCCAAUCGUGAAAGAAAACAAAAAAAGCUAUAAAUGUUUUGACUAAAUAAUAAUUAUUUUUAAAAAGUCAAGAAAACUAGUCUGAGUGAACUGAUCUGAUCCCAGGAAGUGUUUUAAGUUAUACACAUGACACGAUAAAUAUAUGUACAUUUAUAUGUAACCAUCACUGUCUCUGUAAUUAUUAUAUGCUACUUUGUUUUAACAAUAUUUUGUACGAUAUAUAUAUUGUACAUGUAUCAUUCUAUUAAAGUUACCAUUUUACCAU